ACACGUGUAGUUGCAAUAAUUAUGCAAGUAUUGAGUACCUCUUUAGCCUCGAUAAAAUGCUUUAAAACACAGGUAAAAAAGCAUAGUAUAAAUAGUCGAGUAGUUGGAUUUAAAUUUUAAGUCAUUUUAGUAGGUUGUGCAAACCAGUUAACAAAUUGAUACCCCGAAUUCGUAUUAAUAUAAAUAAUUAGCAAAUUUAAUUUGAAAAAUGAACUUAAUAUUUUGCGUAUUUUGGUGUUGCCUCUUUUUGAGUUCGUCAGCUCAAAAUAUUGAUUUCAACAACAAUUUAACAUCGUCAUUAUCAUUUUUUCAAACUACCGAUUUCAAGAACAUCGUCGAAACUCGAUGGUUUGUACAGGAUCUGGAUCAUUUUAACAAUACUGAUAAUAGAACGUGGAUGCAGAGGUAUCAUGUGAAUAUGAAGUAUUAUAAGAAGGAUGGCCCUGUAUUUUUGUUGGUAGGAGGAAGAAAAGAAAUUUCUGAGGGUUGGAUGCUUUCCGGAGCAUGGAUUGAAUACGCUCAAAUGUUUAAUGCCGCAUGUUUUCAAUUGGAACACCGGUAUUAUGGAAUGAGCCAUCCCACUGAUAAUUUAAACACUACAAAUUUAUCGUAUCUGACCGUUGAACAAGCAUUAGCUGAUAUGGGAACAUUUAUAAGUACCAUGAUGAUUGAAAACAAAAUACUACUGGAUCGUGCUAAAUGGGUAGGAUUUGGUUCAUCGUAUUCAGGAACUUUAGUUACCUGGUUUAGAGUAAAAUAUCCACAUCUCUUACACGCAGCAGUUGCAUCAAGUAGUCCUCUACAGGCGAAAAUAAAUUUUGAAGGUACGAUAAUACUGUAAUAUCCAA